UAUACCACUCUUUCUCUCUCUCUUGCUCUCAGGUUAACAGGAGAUGAUUACUCUGUCCAGGUCAAUCUGAGUGAUUAUCUGGAUAUACUGUGUCCACACUAUCCCGCCGACCCCCCGUCCAGCGGUCCUGUGGAGACUCUGGCUCUCUACCUGGUGUCUGAGGCCCAGUUCAGGGGCUGCGUGGAGACUAAAGAGGCCAUUAAGAGAUGGGAGUGUAACCAGCCGUACGCUCCCUACGGUCCUGUCAGGUUCUCUGAAAAGAUCCAGCGCUUCACGCCCUUCUCCCUGGGCUUUGAAUUCCUGCCCGGACACCAUUACUACUAUAGCUCCCUGUCUACAGAUGACGGACCCCCCCUCCCAUGUAUGAAACUACGAGUCACUGUGUGUUGUCCACCGACAACAGCUGGAUCAUCAAGACGAGAAGACACAGAGAGACCAUCACCCAGCAGUGCUGUCCGUCCAGUGACUUUCUCUCCUCCUCAUCUUCCUCUUAUUGUCUUAUUUUCUCUAAUAUUUCUUUUUAAAACCUAAAUACAAGUGCUCCAUAACCAGUUGCAUUACAGUAAAUUCUUGCUCUACUUCUGUGGAUUACACACACACACACAGACUCUCUUUCUCAUACUCCUUUUCUCUGUCAUUUUUGUCACACUAUUAAUCUCCCAUCCCUCAAUUUCCACUUUCUGGUUGUCUCUCUCUCUCUGUCCACUCUCAGUGGCUCUUUACUCCUGUCUGUUCUGCUGAAAGUUCACUCUGUAACAGAGCGACACUAAUCUACCUUCAAAGAGCUUAUCUUACUGUUCAUUUUCUUUUAAUCCUUCUGUCCUUGAGAGUCAGACAUUCCUUUACAAGCCCCUGCUCCCCCCCUCUGUCCUACUGUACAACAAACUGAGCCAAAGACGAGGAGGAUGAAGCUCCCGCUCCUGCUGUUUGUACCACUGAGUGAAAGACCAGGGACAGAUCAGAAGUGACCAUUCCAAUGUGUGAGCACUGCCAUAUCCAGUCAUCAACAGCUUGGGGGGAAAAUACUUAGUGUACAUAAUUUUUUUUUCUCUCUUUGAAGAAUAUAUAUAUAUAUAUAUACAUACAUACACACACACACACACACACAUACAAACAUGCAUUGAAACCAAAGCCAGACCACAACAUUAAAUUUUUCUUUGUUGCUGUAUUGACUUCACGCAACCUGGCAGAACUCUGGAAUUACGUGGAAUAUCCUGGAAUUUUGGUGUCUUGAAUUUCUUUCGAAUUUAUUUGUAAUUUGGAAUUUGCGUGACUGAGUGACGGCCUCCAUGGACCACACAGGAAGAGAAGAAACUACUUCCUGUUUGUCACUUGUGGGAAAUGUAUGAUCAGUCACUUCCCAGUAUGGACUCCUCUGAUUGGUCUGCGUGUUUCUUAACUCUCUGUAAAGCAAGCAGUUUAAUAAGGCACUUAAUCAGGUUCAUACAACAUUGGUUGUUUCCACACAUGAUUGUUUGUGGGUAUGUGAAUUAUAUGUAAUGAAAGUGUUCAUUUUGUCUACCUUAAUAAGGGAAUAUGCAAAAAGAAUAAGCAUGAGCAAUCAGGUUUUUUUUCCAGUUAGUCUGAAAUAAUGCAUUGAUUAUAGAGAAAACUAUAUUUCCUUAGUGUUGUUUAAUAUCCUUUUUUAACCGUUGUUUUUAUCAAGAUGUUUUAUUUACUGUACUUUUAAUUUGAACAAUGAAUUAUACAUAUUAUCAUCAUAUAAGAGAAGCCGGAAAUGUUUUUAUUUAAAUAAUUUAAGUAUUUUUGUUUGUUUUUAAUGUUUGAAAUAAAAAAAAAAAUUAUUUUUUUUAAAAUUCAGUUCUAAUAAUAGUUAAGUCAUUUUGUCCACUUUUUGAGUUUUAGAAUGUUAAUACAUUUUCUGAUAAAUGUUUUGUUUUUGUUUCUCUAGUUUCUGAUGGUUUUCUGUUAAUUUCAUAUUUUCAGAUGCAAAUCAUGUCUGCCAAAACAGAACAGUUUACAGAUUUUUAUAUAGUGUGUAGGAAUGUCAUUAUCUUUGUAUCUUUGUAAUUUGAAUGUUUCACAUUUUUGUGAAGUGAUCAGGAUCUUCUGUGAAGAACUUUAUCUUAGCCAUUUUUCCACGGCAAAAUGAGCAACAAAAAUAAAACCUAAUGUGUUUUAACCUGUA